AAAUCCUUCACUUCCAGGUUUUGUUCAAAAGAUGUGCCUGUACAUGUCCUGGUUAAUAAUGCUGGCCUGCUUGAAGCUAAUCGUGUCAUCACACCAGAAGGAUAUGAGCUGAGUUUUGCUACAAAUGUUCUUGGAACUUACACCUUGACUGAGUUGAUGUUACCACUCCUCGAGAAGGCUGCACCUGAUGCUCGUGUUAUCACAGUUUCCUCUGGUGGAAUGUACAAAUCUCCAUUGACUACUGAUUUACAGUUUAGUGGUGACACAUUUGAUGGGGUGGUACAGUAUGGUCGGAACAAGAGAGUUCAGAUUGCACUGACCGAAAAAUGGGCUGAAAAGUACAAGGAUAAAGGUGUUGGUUUCUACUCUAUGCAUCCAGGGUGGGCCGAGACGCCUGGAGUAGCCAAGAGUUUGCCAGAUUUUUCUAAAUUGUAUGAAGGUAAACUUAGAAGUAGUGAGGAAGGUGCAGAUACAGUUAUCUCGUUGGCACUACAACCAAAAGAGAAGUUGGUUCCUGGGGCAUUUUACUUUGACAGAGCUGAAGCACCAAAACAUCUGCCAUUAACAGGCACCAAGAACUCUCAUUCUGCCAUAGACUCCAUAGUUGAGAAACUUGGGUCUUUUGCUGGCUUAUAAGGAGGAUAUAGGAAAUAUUACUUGGAUGGAUACCUUUUACUUAAUAAAUAAUUACUUUUUAUUUAUUAUUAGUUAUAGCAAUAUUUGGCGAUACUUUGAUAAAUCUGCAACAUGUAUCAAAAGUGAAUUAUGUGUACAAUGUAUAAGUAUUAUAGUUGUUUUAAAAUAUAUUAGGGCUUGUUUGGUAACACAUUAUACUAAAAAUGUGUGAUAAAUGUAUUAUCCAUCGAUAAAACUUAUAUUAUAUGUAUUUUAUAAAUUACUAUCUGUAA